AUGCCAGUUGCCUCUCGUAGUUAUGCUGGUUUCCUCUCGUCACUCUGCCUGUUUCCUCUCGUCGUUAUGCUGGUUUCCUCUCGUCACUCUGCCGGUUUCUUCUCGUUUCUAUUCAGUUUGUCUCUCAUUUCUAUGCCAUUCCAUUCCUUUAUUUCGAUCACAACUCCAUCCUCAUCACGAUAUGUAUGUCUGCCAUUCCUUUCUCCAGGUACAACCAGAAAAGGUUUUCUUGUCCCAAUUCAAAAGUUUUUAAUCUUGCUGGUUGCUACCUGUUUCAAAAAAAUAUUUAAUACUUUGUUAAUUAAUAUUGCCAGAGAAACUAGAAUUGGUUUUUUGCUAAUCGUAGGAGCUCUCUUCUUGUCAACUGAUCACAAUUUCGAGGUAGUCUAUCCAAUUAUUUUGUACAACGAUAUCUCUGAAUCAUCUAACAUGAGUGCCUUUAAAAAAAAGAUAAUUUUAUCUCCAGAUAGUAAAUUGAUCUUCUUUUCAAUUCCCUUUUUACCAAUUAAAACAGCGAAAAAUUACACAUGUCGUUGUCUUAUGUGGAAUCAAACUUUAUCUCCAAAUAGCUUUUGCUCAUUAAAAUACAGUAGAUAUAUUCUUGAACUUCACUUCUAUGUAGUUAAGUUAAGUGUUUUGGUUUUAACUGAAACCAUUCAUCUUAAACCUGAGCUGUACAUUGAUACUAAGAGUCAACUUGGCGAAGGUUCAAUUUGGGAUAAUGAAAGACAAUUACUUUAUUGGAUUGACAUUGACGGUAAACAAUUAUAUGUAUAUGAUCCAAAAACAUAUAUAACAGCUUCAUACAGUUUACCAAAUAAACCUGGUACAAUUGUCCCAAGAUGUAAAGGAGAACCAGGUGAAGUUGUAAUUGCUCUUGAAAGAAUCGGUGUUGUAAUUUACAACUAUCUCACUGGAAAAUACAAGGUCAUUGCCAACCCUGAGCAAUCAUCGACCAACCGAUACAAUGAUGGAAAAUGUGAUCCUCUGGGACGUUUCUGGGUGGGAUCUCUUAGCUAUAAAAAUGGAUAUCCUCCAGAAGCAAAGUUGUAUCGUGUCAAUGUAGAUCACAGCUACGAAACCAUGCUGGAACAAGUUAGAAUUAGCAAUGGUAUUGUCUGGACACCCGAUGGUUCAUUGAUGUAUUACAUAGACACUCCGAAGCUGGCGGUGUUCAGAUUCAACAGUACCGACGGUGGCAAGAGCUACGACAUGGCCCAUCCAACCAUUGUUCUCAGAUUCGAUGCAAACAGCGAGGGAUCGCCCGAUGGUAUGACAAUGGAUGCCGACGGUCGAUUGUGGAUCGCACACUACGAUGGAUCACGAGUAACCUGUUGGGAUCCUAAGAAACCCGGUUCAAAGUCACUCUAUCAAAUCGACUUGCCAGUGCCUGCAGUGACUUCAUGUGCUUUCGGUGGUGAAGACCUGUCGACACUCUAUAUAACUACAGCAAAUAACGGUCGCUACGGAGGUGGAGGACUCUUUAAAAUCAAUCUAAAAUCCUAUGGAAUCAAAGGUGUGCCUUCUUAUCAAUAUAAAGGUUAA